AUGCGGGAUCAGUUGCGAGAGGCCGCUGAUGAACUGCACAUCUCCAUGGAGACUGCUCGAGGUAUUGUUAAUCGCCGACGUACACGCCUGUCCACUUGGCAGUCAACCUGUGCCACCUUCGAGUCGGCCCUCCUCAUGAACGCGGAGGGAGAGGAAGUUGAGGGGGAUCAAACCCUGCCUGUGUGGAUUGCGACCAUCCGACAGCGGCUGCAGCAAUCUGGACCUGAUCUCAGCUCUCCGGAUUUCCAGAAGGAACUGGUAAGAACCAUAUUUGAUUGCCGCACCGCCUUGAAUCUCAUUUUAAAUGCUUUUCAUGUUUUUGGAUUUUACUUUUUAGAAAUGUUUGUAAUUUGA